CACAGAGAUCAUUUUCAUGUUUGAAAUGAUUUUAUUCUCUAAGAUUUGUUUCUAUUAAACAGGUAAAAAUCGGAUUUUCGGAAGCUGGACGGUUUAUAAGCAAAAGUUUUAAUAACAGCACCCGACACGCUGCAACAAUACGGACUUUAUACGUAAAAGUAUAUAUAAAUAUAAAUAAUGCUGAGAAACAUACUGCAAACACUCACUAUGUAACAUACAUGGCCAUAUAUCUGAGCUGCUGCAUUAGGACCCUGCAGAGCUGAAGGAGGAGGAAGAGGAGGGGGAGGAGGAGGAAGAGCAGGGGGAGAAAAACAAAGUCUGGAGGCAAAGAAAGACAAACGAUGGGAGAGAUAAAACAGAGAGAGACAGACGGACGCUGAGGAGACAUUAAGAAAAAGACUGCAGACAGACGAAGUGACAGCUUCAGAUCCAGAGACAGAUAGUGAGAAGAAAGACAGAAAGAGAGGGAGGAGGAGGAGGAGCUGAGGAAGAGGAGGAGGAGUCACGGAGGAGUGAGGCAGAUAAAAACCAGACUCAGCAGAGCAGAGACGUCCAAACCGAGGAGAGAAGGAAAACCGUCACUCGUCUGAACGACGGAGGAGGGAGGACUGAAAGACAAGAGAGGAAGGGUUGGAAAAAGAGGAGGAGGAGGAGGAGGAGGAGGAGGAGGAGGCACCAAACCACCCACAGAGAGAAACUUUCCUCACACUGUUUAUGUCACAGCAGCUGAGCUCGGACUCGCUCACAAGGGAAAAUGAACUGAGCGGAGACAGAAAGAGACGACGCUGCGAGAAGAAGGUUUCAUCACAUGACCUUCGACAGGAGACUUCACACAAACACACUUUCCUCCAAAUACAAUUCAAGUCCGGCUGCUCCCAGAGGAGCAGACUUACAGCAGUGCAUCAUGGGAACGUCUUAAGUCCGUAAAGACGCAGACCUGAACGCCUUCGUCCGCUGGUUCCACGUCCACCGCGCCCACCCAGCAUGCUGGCCAGGUUAUCCCAGGAAAGAGCUCUCCGGGUGGGGCAGGAGGGCUGCUGCUGCUCCCUCUGCUCCUGGGACUGAUGAUGAUGAUGACGACGACGAUGAAGACGGAGGCAGCGAGCGUUGAAGAGCUGGAGAGCGAGGAGAGUCAGGAGAUCCUGGAGGAGGACGAGGCCGUCAGCACCGAGAUCCUGGAGACGAUGUCCUCUGAUCUGUCCCGAGUGUCUCCUCUCAGCUCCUGGCUGAUCUUCAGAAGAAACUCCAACAAGGGGGACAACCGGAGAACCAAAGGGUCCAGGAGAACCUCCAAGCACGGUCUUCCAGGUCCUCCCGGACCUCCAGGACCCCAGGGGCCUCCGGGCCCCCCCGCCCCCCUUCUGCCCCAACAACAGGAGCUCAUCCAGGAGCUGCAGCUAAAACUGAGAGACAUGGCAGCAGGAGUGUGUUUGCUGUGUGAUCGUCCUCCUCGUGUCUCCACCUCCUUCCUCAGUCGCCUCCUGCAGCCCGUCACCGUGCCACGACGCAGCCUGCUGGAGCUGCAGCCAUUCAGCCAGCCCUCGGACUCAGAGCGGAGCCUCCAGAGGGGCCAGAGCUUCAACACCAGCACCGGCCGAUACACAGCAGCCGUCUCCGGCUUCUACCAGCUGACCUCCAGCCUCCUGAUAGAGUCAGGUGACAGGGUCCAGGUCCGGCUCAGAGACAGUGUGAGAGCGGCGAUCUGCAUCGAGUCACUCUGCCAGAGCAACCUCUCUGUAGAGUCUGUGAUGGGCGUGGCGGCUGCUGGAGGAACAUUCAGCAUCCUACUGACGGGAACGCUCUACCUGCAGGCUGGAGAGUACGUGUCGGUGUUUGUGGACAACGCCACCGGCUCGUCCAUCAGCGUCCUGCAGGACUCUCUGUUCUCUGGGAUACUGCUGGGAGUCUGAACACAAACCGCAGAGAUCUCACGUCAGCCUGCAAACACAGACCUCCCUCCGAAUCCUCAAACACCUCCCGCAGAGCAGCACCUGCACUGAUCCGCUCCAUAACUCAAACUAAAUGGUGGCCCCGUUGGUCUGCAAAGAGUAAACGGCAGCCCGAACAGGACUCCAUCUCCACCUGGUGCCAACGUGUGAUCUGGAUCGGGAAAAACAUGUUAGUGUAGGUGCAAACGCACUGCCAAGGACCUACAAGCUGCCACCUGGGGGCCGGGACUCUGAAAAACGUACGAAACAGAAAGGAAAUACAACACGGAGGUUUGGGUUCAGCGCUGGAAUCCACCUCGGUCAGUUAAUGAAACAACAAACCUGUUUAAGCUUCAGUAUGUUCUUUAUGUAGCACAAUCAGGAGUGAAACGAUCUCCUGAGAGCUGAAGUUAGUAAAAACUGUAUUGAUCUUCUACUUGUUGAAGGGUUUUCCCCAUUCACUUCAGUGCAGUCAGUUUUCCUGGAGCACCAGCUGGUGGACAUUAGAGGAACUGCAGCAACGGGGGCCGGUGACAACCUUUACUCGACUGAUCUUUGAAAGGCUGACGAUGAUAUUUAUGCAUUUUACGUUUUAUUAAAUCUAUAUAUUUAAGCAGUUUCAUGCUAAUGAGUUGCCAGUAUUCUGUUUUUCUACGAGAGUUUUGUCCCGCUGGUUAAACCUCUACAGGCUGAAACUGAUGAGUUUCAGCAGCAGACAGACAUUUCGUGAGGAAAAUAUUGUUAAUUAUGAGCUGAACGUAAGAAGCGUCCUUCUACAAAUAAGUGAACCUUAAACCUGCCCAUGACAGAGACUUGUGCCUUUCUGGUUUGGAACAACAGUGUUUGUCUGUACAGAUGGAUUUACUGAUUGCAUGGUGCCCGUCGUCAUUUCACUUUAAUAUUAAUAUUUAUUCUCUGGAGGUGAUAAACAGGUUGUGAAUAAUUCUGAUAAUAAAAGCUUUCUACUCGC